AUGGCCUCAUCUCGUUGGUGGCUCUAUGUGCAGGCCAUCUUUUGGCGGUUCCUGAUGCGGAUCGGCAUGUUCCUGCACGAGAUCGCUCCCCGACCACCCCGACCGUUAUUUACCCGUACCAUUACCUCCGACUCCGGCCACCCCGUCCUCCUCCACUUCUACUGCCCACCAGAUUAUCAUGGGCAGCGAAGGCUAGGCCAUCGGUUUCCCGUCGCCGUCAACUUCCACGGUGGUGGUUUCACACUUGGUGCCGCCACGGAUGAUUCUCGCUGGGCGAAAUCAGUACUGGACAAUGUCGGGGCCGUAAUGGUGAGUGUCGCCUACCGACGAGCACCCGAAUACCCAUUUCCCGCCGCAGUAGACGACGGAGUCGAGGCACUACUAUAUCUGGCGACACAUGCUGGCGAACUGGGAUUGGAUGUGAGCCGUGUCGCGCUGAGCGGGUUCUCUGCGGGCGGCAACCUGGCUGUCACAGUGCCCUUGCGGUUGCGGAGCAGGAUAUCCACGGAAGUGAAGGACCAACUAGGUCGAGCGGAAUCCACACAAAAUCUGCUCAAUCAGGUCAGCGAUCUCAACAUCGUUGCUUUGUUCUCUUGGUACCCGAUUCUUGAUUUCGAAGAAUCUCGCGAUCACCGUCGUGCUAUGAGUCUGAUGCCGGAUAAGACUCUCCCUGCAUUUUUCACCACCCUCUUCGAUGAGGCCUAUCUUCCUGAUUUAGACGAACGUGUCUCCCCAUAUGCCUCUCCCAUCCACGCAUCUGACCGUAUGCUGUCGGACGCCCUUCCCCACGACGUGUUUCUCUUUAUUUGCGAGUGGGAUAUGUUGAUGAAAGAGGGCCAAUCUUUCGUUCGCCGCUUAGAAAAUCUCGGUAAACGGCCCCGUGCCAUGCUCAUCGAGAAAGCUCGGCAUGCCUGGGAUAAGUCACCCAAUCCCUGGCGGGAUCAAAACAGCGUGGACAUCUUAUACCGCGAUGCCUGUGCGGAUAUGAAGGCUAUCUUCGACCGGUGA